CAUAUAGAGAAAAGACGAAACUUUUGCACAUUCGGUUGUGUUGUAGCGGUGCAUAGACGUACAGGCAGCAAAAUUUUCAGUGCCCUCACUGUGAGCGACGAGUUUUCCCUAAUCUUUAACUUUCGACGACUGUGCGGACAAAGGAAAUUUGAUUUGCUUCCUUCAGAGCCGGUAACAAAGCAACUUUAUAAAUCCCAGCUAAUACUACGAAAUCUCGCCGGAAGAAUUCAAAGCUGCUGUGCGUACGAAGCGUAGACACUCAAGAUGGGUAAGGAAAAGACGCAUAUUAAUAUUGUUGUAAUUGGUCACGUCGACUCCGGUAAAUCGACCACAACUGGCCAUUUGAUUUACAAGUGUGGUGGCAUUGACAAGCGUACGAUUGAAAAGUUCGAAAAGGAGGCCCAGGAAAUGGGUAAGGGCUCCUUCAAGUAUGCCUGGGUCUUGGACAAACUGAAGGCGGAGCGUGAGCGUGGCAUAACCAUUGAUAUUGCUUUGUGGAAAUUCGAGACGCAGAAAUACUAUGUGACCAUCAUCGAUGCGCCUGGACAUCGUGAUUUCAUCAAAAAUAUGAUUACCGGUACUUCGCAGGCCGAUUGCGCGGUAUUAAUUGUUGCUGCCGGUACCGGCGAAUUCGAAGCCGGCAUCUCUAAGAAUGGCCAAACGCGUGAACAUGCUCUACUCGCAUUCACGUUGGGCGUCAAGCAAUUGAUUGUUGGCGUUAAUAAGAUGGACUCCACUGAGCCACCGUAUAGCGAGACACGCUAUGAGGAAAUCAAGAAGGAGGUAUCAUCCUACAUCAAGAAGAUCGGCUAUAAUCCGGCGUCGGUGGCAUUCGUACCCAUUUCCGGCUGGCAUGGUGAUAAUAUGCUUGAACCAUCUGAGAAGAUGCCAUGGUUCAAGGGUUGGACUGUGGAGCGCAAGGAGAGCAAAGUGGAGGGCAAGUGUUUGAUUGAUGCGCUGGACGCAAUUAUGCCGCCACAGCGGCCCACCGACAAGCCAUUGCGUCUGCCAUUGCAGGACGUUUACAAGAUUGGCGGUAUCGGUACGGUGCCAGUGGGACGUGUGGAGACUGGUAUACUGAAGCCAGGUAUGGUGGUUAAUUUCGCACCAGUCAAUUUGGUGACCGAAGUCAAGUCUGUGGAAAUGCAUCACGAGGCACUUUCUGAAGCUUUGCCGGGCGAUAAUGUUGGCUUCAAUGUGAAGAACGUUUCAGUAAAGGAGCUGCGACGUGGCUAUGUAGCUGGUGACUCUAAGAAUUGCCCACCCAAGGGUGCUGCCGAUUUUACCGCUCAGGUGAUUGUACUUAAUCAUCCUGGUCAAAUCGCCAACGGCUAUACUCCGGUCUUGGAUUGUCACACCGCUCAUAUUGCUUGCAAAUUUUCCGAGAUCAAAGAGAAAUGCGAUCGCCGUACUGGCAAGACCACCGAAACCGAUCCGAAAGCUAUUAAGUCUGGUGAUGCGGCCAUUAUUUUGUUGGUGCCCACUAAGCCGUUAUGCGUUGAAAGUUUCCAAGAGUUUCCGCCGCUCGGACGUUUCGCUGUACGUGAUAUGAGGCAAACGGUCGCGGUGGGGGUCAUAAAGUCGGUCACCUUUAAAGAGACAACCUCGGGUAAAGUCACAAAAGCCGCCGAGAAGGCACAGAAGAAGAAAUAACUAGAGUGCCAGCAGAACGUUAACUCACAACAACAAAUAAUUAUGCAAAUACAGCAAAUAAAAAUACAAUUUGUAUUAUUGUCAUCGCCAUCAAUGUCGUUGUCAUCGGUGUCGUUGGAGUUGUGGUCGUCAUGGUCGUCAUGGUCGUCGUGGUCGUCGUGGUCGUCAAUUCCAACAACUACAGUAGCAGCAACAGCAAAAUUACUACUACAUAAAUCUCAAAAGAAAACAUUUAAUAAGCAUAAAUUUAAAAGAAUAAUACAAUUUACUCUUAUCAAUGAUAUGAAUAUGAAUAUGAUAAGUAAUUAUUAUGAUAGUAAAGCUAUGACAUUCAAUGUGAGCAACAACAUCAACAUCAACAACAACACAAACAACAUAGACAACUACAACAACAACAACAACAACAACUAUAAUAAUAACAUUACCACAAAAAAUAAAUCGCAAAUUUUCCUCAUUAAUCACUACACCUUCUUCACCAACAAAGGACAAACUUUGUGCGUCAACAACCAUACAAACACUAGCAAAAAAUCCAUCUCCAUGCGGAAAUCAUCAGCAAUAACAUCAUUAGCAUCGACUAAUGCCAUGUUGCCCUAUCCCCGAACUUCGAUUGAGUCGUGCGUGAAGGCAUCAUUCCCUAAGCAAGUAGCUAAAAGCAAAAUAAAAGACAUUGAUAACAUGAAAACCAAGAAGAAUUCAAUUACAACACAAACAAAAACAAA